CGUACAUUAGGAAACCACAUCUGCUAGCAAACAAUGGCAGAGACCAAGCAAGGAGGUGCAGGGAUCUUUGCCAAAAAUGUCCAGAAAAGAUUUUCUCGGGCACAAGAAAAGGUCCUUCAAAAACUUGGACGAACCAUAGAAACCAAAGAUGAGAUGUUUGAGCAAUGUUCUUAUGAGUUUAACAAGCAGCAGAAUGAAGGUAACAGAUUAUACAAAGAUUUAAAGGCUGUUUUCAGUGCUGUAAAAGCAAUGCAUGACGGCUCUAAGAGAUUGGCAGAAACACUUCAAGUAAUUUACAGCGCAGACUGGGAUGGAUACAACGACCUGAAAGACAUUGUAGAGAAUAAUGAUCUUCUGUGGAGUGAUUACGAGGAGAAGUUAUUUGACCAGGCAGUGCAUACAAUGGAGAAUUAUAUGGCACAGUUCUCUGAAGCGAAGGAAAGAAUAGCAAAGAGAGGGAGAAAACUGGUGGAUUACGACAGUGCAAGACACCACUUAGAAGCUCUACAAAAUGCAAAGAAGAAAGACGAGGCAAAAAUUACAAAGGCAGAAGAAGAGUUUAAUAAAGCUCAGAUGAUCUUUGAAGACUUGAACAAAGAAUUGAGAGAGGAGUUGCCAGUUUUAUAUAACAGUCGAAUUGGAUGCUAUGUGACCAUUUUCCAGAACAUAUCUAACUUAAGGGAUGUCUUCUAUAAGGAGAUGAGUAAGCUAAACCACGAGCUAUAUGAUGUGAUGAGCAAACUGGAGAAGCAACAUUCCAAUAAAGUCUUUGUCAUUAAAGGUGUUAAAAGCAACAGGAACUCUCUGAUGAUCUCAUCUCCUAUAAGUUCGACAAAUUCCUUUUUCAUGGCUUCAGUAGACCCAGGAGUGAGUAUUUCCACACCAGGAAAGGAGAAGAGUAAGAAUGGCUCCCAGUCUUCUAUGACAAGUGACACCCAGGAUUCCUCCACAGAUGGCAACUCAUGUGCUUCAUCUGAGGAGGUGCAAACUGACCCGUCUCAAAAUGUUCCUGAUGAAGAACAUGAUAAACAACCCAAAAGAUCAGCAAAUGACAUUAUGGAAAACACAACAAAGAAAGAUUCACUAGAGUCAACAGAACACAAUGAUGUGGAAAACACAACAGAAAGUAAUUUUAAAGAAAAUAGUUCAGACAACUUAGCUGAGAAUGUCCCUGAAAAAUCUCCUGUAGAGGCUGUAGAUGAUAAGAGGUCAGAAACCAUUAUACAGGGCAACAAUGAUACUCCAACACAAAGGGAAACAACAGACAUUCCACCAAGUGAUUCUGAACAUAGUACUGAGAUGAUCACAGAUGAAGAAGAAUGCACAGGAGCAGGCGAUACAAGUCAGCCAGACUCUGUAGACACAAUAGAUGGAGAAUCCAGGAUUACAAACACUUUAAAAGAUGUGGCUGGAGAGAAUCCAGAGACAGUUGAUAAGAAGCACUUAUCAGAAGUUUGUACAGAGAGUGCCACAACCCAACAAAAAUCAGGCGAGGUGAUGACAGAGAAUUCCGAAGAAAAUUCCCCCAUUGACAAUAUCCAAGGGUGCUUGGGGAACAUAACAAAGAAUGAGUCAGAUGAUAAGAUGCAGGACCCAUCCACUGAAACAAUAGUGGCUGACACUCAAAGCAAAGAAUAUAAUGCACAGGAUUCGGACUCUGGAGCACAGAACAUCAAUAACGAUGUUCUAUCAGAAGAUAAAAGUACAUCUCAAGUCAUUACAUCUGACAUUGUGACUGAGAAGAGUAACACAGAGAGGCAGUCAGAUGAUGCCUAUGAUGAAGAACAUCGGUUCUGAUGCUGGAAAUGUCACAUUGCCUGAAAGUUCACAAUCUGAUACAGCAGGUAUGGAAGAACAAUCAAGACUCCAGAACCAACAUGGAGAGAGAGAGUACAAAGCACUAGCUGAACUAUGGAACUGUAUUUGCUCUAUUCAGAUAAAUCAACUGCAUACAAGGGAAAUGAUGCUGCAACCUUAGUGGGAAAACUUUCUCCAAAGAUUAAAGGGAAUAUAUAGUAUUAGUAAUUAUUAGUUAUCCAUAUAAAGAAAACCAGAAAAAUAAUCGUAUUAUUAUGUUUUACUGUCAUCGAAGCUUUAUUUCUGCAACGUACAAUAUGUAAUUUAAUAAUACAAUAAAUGGGGUCUGCUAUAUUUGCUAAUAAGGAA